CGAUUAACUUGUGUAGUCUGUUGCUGCUUGUUUCAAAUAGUGCGCCUCAGGCCUUUGGACUACUCAAACCCUGGCAUCUGGUGUAUACGGCUAUUCAAAUCCGAUAUCUGAGUCCGCGGGGCUCUUCAACCAGCGAGAUGGUGAACAUCACAGAGAAGAUCAAGGAGAUCGAGGAUGAGAUGCGAAGGACGCAGAAGAACAAGGCCACGGAAUACCACCUAGGUCUUCUCAAGGGGAAACUGGCCCGCUUAAGAGCACAACUGCUCGAGCCCACAGGCGGCUCUGGAGGCGGCGGCGCAGGCUUCGAUGUCAGCAAGAGCGGUGAUGCGCGUGUUGCACUGGUCGGUUUUCCGUCCGUUGGUAAAUCGACCUUCCUCAGCAAGAUCACCAAGACAAAGAGUGAGGCUGCCGCUUACUCCUUCACGACCCUUACUGCUAUCCCCGGUGUGCUGGAGUACGGGGGUGCGGAGAUUCAGAUUCUUGAUCUUCCGGGUAUUAUCGAGGGAGCUUCUGAAGGGAAGGGAAGGGGGAGACAGGUUAUUUCCGCUGCUAAGACAAGUGAUCUGAUAUUGAUGGUUCUCGACGCCACCAAAAAGGCUGAACAGCGCGCCCUCCUCGAGGCUGAAUUGGAUGCUGUUGGCAUCCGGCUUAACAAGGAACCACCGAACAUCUACCUGAAAGCAAAGAAAGCAGGUGGCAUGAAAAUCACCUUCCAGACACCACCCAAAUACCUCGACGAAAAGAUGAUCUACAACGUCCUCCGAGACUAUAAAAUGCUUAACUGCGAGGUCCUUGUCCGUGACGAAAAUGCUACAAUCGACGAUUUCAUCGACGUGAUCAUGAAGGACCACAGGAAAUACAUCCCUUGUCUCUACGUCUACAACAAAAUAGACAGCGUCAGCAUCGAAUUUCUCGACCAACUUGCUCGCGAGCCACACACAGCGGUCAUGAGCUGCGAGCUCGAUCUCGCUGUACAAGACGUCGUAGAGCGCAUCUGGAAGGAACUCCGCCUGAUGCGGAUAUACACUAAACGAAAAGGUGUCGAGCCUGACUUCAGCGAGGCGCUGAUUGUUCGGAAUAAUUCUACAAUCGAGGAUGUCUGCGAUCAGAUUCAUCGGACGCUGAAGGAGACGUUCAAAUAUGCAUUGGUUUGGGGUGCUAGCGCAAGGCAUAUUCCGCAGCGGGUUGGGUUGAGUCAUGUUGUCGCUGAUGAGGAUGUGGUUUCGAUUGUUGCUAAGUAGAUGAAUGAU